AUGAAACUGCCGUUGGUUCUUGCCUUGUGCAUCACUGGUUUACUAGCCGGAGAUGUGAAACAAAAGAGAUCGUCAACCACGGAUCACAUCAGCAGCGGCCUUAAUGCAGCCAAGGACAUUGCCUCAGUCAUUUCAAAUUCGACUGCAUUUGCGACAGGAUUAGUAAGGAUAGCAGAUAAAGUAGCACCUUUCUUAGGAGUGGUUGCUCCGUUUAUAUCAUUUGUUUUUGGUUUUAUUCCUAAAGGACCAUCAGCAGAAUUACUGGCUAUUCGAAAUUUACAUAAAGAUAUCGACACUCGAUUCGAUCAAGUAGACAGAAAAUUUUCCGAUGUAAAACAACUCAUAAAUUGGAGCAGCGUAAAAGUCCAGUUUUCCAGUAUUGAACAAAAAAUCAAUGCAGUUUAUCGUAAAUAUAGAGAAAUGUACCAGGCACCAACUAAUGCCCUUGCUGGAGAGAAACAGCUAUUCAUAAGCAACUAUGAAAGUGACUUUCAAAAUAGUGGCAUUAAACUUUAUGACGGAGUCUUGAACGUAGGUCGUGUCUUUGGUGAUGGCUUGCUAGUCCCUUGCAUGACAUAUACAAAAUAUGAUCGCAGAAAAUGCUCGGAAUUCAGUUCUGGAAUUCUCAAUUUGUUGUUGAAAUCCGCCGAACUUGAGCUUGCAUACCUACAACUGAAGGGUCUAUCAUCUAACGUAGAUUAUCACGCAAAACAAUGGAAAACUCGCAUAGAUCAGGUUCGAUCUGCGAUGAGUCAUGCCGAUAGAACUAUAGCUUCUAAAUAUCACGACCAGUCAAAUGCUGAAAUAGACAGAUAUGCACUUGAUCAUCCAGGAGAUAAAAUGAACAAUCAUGACUGGGCUAAUAACAUGUACAAUUCUCUUUCCCGAAAAUACUAUUGGAGGGACUGGAUGGUCAUUUCUUACAAAGACGUCACUGGAGAUGACAAACAUUGGAAUAAGGUAUGCGGUGGAUAUAGCAAAUUUAGGAACCAUGGCCGAAACAUUCUUAUAGCAAGCGUUGAUAAAAGGACACGUCAUUUAGAUAAUACUAAAGCUCAUUCUGUUGUUAACGCGGUACAUGAUCAUACCUCAAGCAAAGGGCAUUGUCGACCACACUGCGGAACCGUUUACCACAGAAUAGAUUCUCAUACAGCGUAUGAUACUUUCCCAGCAGAAGUUAAAGAUCAUUGUUCCCCGUAUGUGGCAUCAGGUGUAAUCUACAAUGACGCUCAGCCAUCUUAUAAAGCUGCUGCAAACCGUCUUGUUCUAAGGAAUGACAAAUUUAAUCAUAUUCACGUGUUUGGAUAAAAAGAAAUCGCUCAAAUGAAAUGUUGCUUCUGUUAUUUGAUUAAAAUACUUGCAAUUGAAAUAGGUUUUCAAGAUAGAUGUAAUCAAAAUUCAAAGAUAAAACUGUAUUUAGAUUUUAUACUGAAAAUACCGUUAAAUCUGGUCCAAUCUGAAA